AUGAGUUUGGCUAAUUCCAGGCCCGUAGGGUCUACAGAUGACCAUGUCAGACCGCAUGCCAAGAGCUUGAAUGGUGAUCUGUCGAUAUCGUCAACAACGCUGGUUCAAGACGAUUCUUUCAAAGAUAUGAAACUUCAGUUACAGCAGCUUCUUCUGUCUACUGACUUUGUCAUUCAGUCAAAAGUUUCUGGAGUUGGUGCUGGUCGGAGACGGGUGGUUGGAACCCCGUCUGACGACUACCUCGAACAACUGGCUCCGAUUAUAAGAGACUCGAUGAAAAAAGGCAAUACAUCUGAACUAGUAGACACGCUCGAAGGACUGCAGAGACUUAAAGAUCGUGAAAUAAACCAGAUUUGUAGUGGAGACCACAAUGAAUAUAUGGCAUCAGUGGAGCAGCUAUCCGAGGUUGCUCGAGACGCGAACUCUAUGAAGGAAAAAGUCGCUAUGAUUGCAAAUAAUGUGUCACAAUCAGGAGUGAAACUGGCUCUGGCGAAAAAGAAAUAUUUAAAAACCCAGCAAUGUCAUGGCAAUAUCUCGUCUGCCAUCGAGGCUGUAGAAGCGUGUUUAUUAGUGUUGGAACUCACAAAUAAUGUCCACCAGUUGUUGAAAGAAAAGAGAAAAUUCGCUGCUUUAAAGAGUUUGGAUGACCUACGGAAUAUCCAUUUAAAAGAAGUGUCGGAUUUCGGAUUUGCCCAGUUGGUCGAACGAUCUCUUCCAGCACUCACAAAAAUGGUCCGUACCAAGACCAUAAGCGAUACUGAUCAAUGGCUCAGCGAGCUGAGUUCCAAAAGUCCGACUAUCGGUAAAGACAUAUUUGAGCGGGUGUUGCAACAGAAACAUGAAUGGAAAAAGUAUACCCAGAGUGCACCCCAUUAUCGCAAGUAUAAAUUCAAUUCACCAGCGGAACUGUCGUUUCGAGAAUCUCAUGUCAAUUAUUUAACAUCGGAUGCUAUAGAGAUGGAUUUUUCCAUUCUGUACGAGUCGGUGCUGGUACAUUCAAGUUUAGGGCUGUUGCCUCAAUUCCAACGGCAUUUCGAAACAGAUCGUAAAAUCCAGCGUGACUAUUUAGUACCAAACAGCCUGUCGCCAUUUUCUGCUGAUAAUGCCGAACAGAGUCUGGACGAAGUGGCUAACAUUUUCCAUGCUGUGGCGGGAUUCUGUAUUAUAGACCGAAUUAUAUCUCGCCGACUACCAACACUGAGACUAUCACGAGAAGUCGACGAUAUAUGGGAGUCGCUGAGCAACAAAAUCGAUACCAUAUUAACGUCACAUAUUACGAAAAUUAGGGACCCCGAGCUACUGCGUGGGUAUAAGAGACUUCUUGGUACGCUGCUAAACGCGAUGCAGACUUUUGGAUUUGACACGUCCAAGGUUGAAGAAAUUAUUUUGAAAUUGUUUAAAUGGUAUUCUAAAAUGCUUGCUGACGAUUUCGAAAAGCUAUUUCUCCAGAACUUACAACGAGAUGAUUACAUGCCCAUGGUUGUGGAGUCGCCUGAAAUAUACGACGAAAUAUGCCGUGUUGCAUGGUAUAAACCAGAUCCUAAUGACCGCAAGCGGCCAUUUCCAAAACCAGUACCAUUUUCAGAAAUAUACCCAUUCUGCUGUACCGAAGUGCGUACUUUUGUGAACCACCAUCAGUCGUUUCUAGAUGAGCUUCAGCAUGAUCCAGUUCAAAUUGAAGACGUGUUGCAAUCGUCGCUAGAUGGUCUGCUGUCGAAUGUGGUGUGCAAGACUUUUGAAGAGAGAUUACAGUCUACGACGAGAGAGCAAAUCGUUCAAAUCCUGAUCAAUUUAGAAUAUUUCGAGUCUGCUUCUGUGGAAUUAGAAAAGAAACUGGCCGGCGAAAGGAUAUCGGAUAGACGAGGCAAGAUCAGUCUGGAAGCCACGGCUGCAUUCGCCAAGGCACGUAAGAAAGCAGAAGGACGUAUUUUCGAGCUCCUCAAUUCUGUUGUUGAUAACUUCCUCGAUCUUGCAGACUACGACUGGGGUACAACCGAGCUUACCGAUCGACCGAGCUCGUAUCUUGUGGAUAUGGCCAAGUUCCUCAAGACUAUGGUUAACUCAUCGCUAGUUAACCUGCCCCGGUCCAUCAAAAGUUUUGUAUAUUUUGACGCCUUCGAUCAUUUAUCAAGCUCGCUAUUACAGUUUUUGCUAGAUUCUGGAGAGAAUAUCACUCUGGCUUCGGUUGCUAAUUUCGAUGUUGAUGUCAAGUACCUCGACCAGUUUGUCAACGAGCUAGGAGCCGAUGCCAAUGAUCUGAGUAUAACCACGACUGUAACCGAGUUACGCCAGAACGUGGAUCUGUUGCUCAAUGGUAGUAUUGAAGACUAUGUUGAUCCUCUAAUUCGUAUGAAGAAAUACGACAGAGUCAAACCGGAAAAUGCCCAAGCACUAUUUGCAAAGAUCAGUCAUGCCAAACAACAAGAGCAACUGGGUUCGGAAGGUGAUAGUAGCACAACCACCAGCAACGGAAGACUCUCUCAGCUGUCUAUCAGAGAAUCUUUCUCGUCUGCAUCAGCCAGUCUGUCACCAAAAUUACCAUCGCCAUCCUCUUCAAAGCUCAUGAAAAUGUACCAAAAGGGCGUGGGCAAACUCAACGACAGAGUCAACUGA